AUGUGCGCUUUAUCUGGCACAACCACUGAAAACUGGCACAAAAGUAGCACAACUCUGGGCGAGUUUGUCCCGCCUGAAAUCUACGUGAGCACUGAAGUGAGGAAAAUCGCAGAAAUUGUCAUCGACUUAACACUCUGUUUCAUAAUCUCUUAUCUCGGUGUGGUCACUAAUAUUUUGGUUAUAGCCGUCUUUAUCAAGCAGAAGUUCAAGGACAGCGUGUCUGUCUCCAUGACCUUCAUUUCUCUAUGGGACUUGAUCAAAUGUUUGGGAUGUGCCAUUCAGAGGCUGCACGGCCCCAUGCGACCUUUCUCACCAGCUGCGGCUGAAAGCUGGGCCAACAUUUCUAUUGUGGUCUUUAACUACCUGACCUGUUUCUCAACCUACGUGAGCAGUGUCCUGGCCGCAUACGUAGCCGUAGAACGGUGCUUGUGUGUCAGCAUUCCCUUCAAAGUCAGAUGGCUGAUCACUCCGAAAUGCUCUUUUAUGAUCUGCUUUUUAAUUUCCGUUGUGGUCUUUGGCUGCUUCUCGAUCAUGUAUUGUAUCUAUGAUGUCAUCUGGGUGUACAGUGCCGCCUACAACAGCACCAUUGCCAUCUAUCUCAACAAUCGCUUCUUCUACAACAACAGGGAGCCGGUGUUUCUCUAUUACAACCUGUCCGGUAUCAUCUGGCCAGCGGUCAGUUUUGUGGUCAUCCUUGUCUGCACGUUCCUCAUUGUUUUCCACCUCAGAAAGUCUUCAACGUUUCGGGCAAGGACACUAAAGCUGAGACAUCAGAAGCAACACUUCUCAGGUAGGGAUUUUUCGGGAGCCAACAAACCACAACUCUCCCCCAGGGACAGACAGAUCGUCAAAAUGUUGCUUGUCAUCAUCAUCAUCUACGUGAUCAGUCUGUCUCCCAGAAUCGCCCAUUACAUGGCCAAAUACUUCAUCUACGAGUUUUACUUUCUCAGAAAAUACCACAACCUGUUCAUUCUCAUGACCUAUGUUUUGAACAUUUUCGACCUAACUAACGGAGCCGUCAACUUGUUUGUGUUUCUGGCUAUGAGUUCAUCUUUUAGACAGACGUUCACAGAAAUGUUUUCUUGUUUGUGCAAAAAAGUCCAGGAUGUUUCCAAGCUUCGAAAUGUCAAGGUCGGCUGUCACAAGUCGGAAAUGUAA